UGAAACGAGAGUGCGACAACAUUGUAUCAGCUCGAGGAACUUCUGUUCUGUCAUUUGGCUUUUAGGAUCGGAUCUUAGGUUUUAAUAACACAAAACAUUUAUUUAUUAAUUGAACGUGUCAAAUCGCCGAGGAGUUUUAGGGUUCAAAAGUUUGAGUUCUGCAGUGCUCGGUGGAUCCUGAUGCAAAGUUCAUCUCCGUGUGCUGAACGAGUUGAACUCUUAACAUCUGUAUUUUGCUAGAAACAGUCCUGAAGACUCAUUAUUGCUGGAUUUAAAAACACUAUGGCAAAGUCUGGAUAUGGCUACUACCGGACUACUAUUUUCCUUGCCAUGUUUGUGGGCUAUACACUGUAUUGCUUCAACAGGAAGACCUUCUCCUUUGUAAUGCCUUCUGUAAUGCAAGAGAUCAAGUUGGAAAAAGAUGACUUGGGUCUUAUCACCAGCAGCCAGUCUCUGGCCUAUGCUAUCAGCAAGUUCAUUAGUGGGGUGCUCUCCGAUCAGAUAAGUGCACGAUGGCUUUUCUCCAUUGGCCUUUUCAUGGUGGGUGGCAUCAAUGUUCUGUUCUCACAGUCCUCCACUGUGGCCAUGUUCUCUGGGCUCUGGUUCCUGAAUGGACUUGGCCAGGGAUUUGGAUGGCCGGCAUGUGGAAAAGUGCUUCGCAAGUGGUUUGAGCCAUCUCAGUUUGGGACGUGGUGGGCAGUGCUGUCUUCCAGCAUGAACCUAGCUGGUGGACUGGGACCAAUCAUUGCCACACUUCUGGCUGAAAGCUACAGCUGGAGGUCUACUCUAUCCAUCUCAGGCCUGAAUUGUAUGGUCAUGUCAGUGGUCUGUCUGCUGGUGAUCCAGAAUGAGCCUAAAGAUGUUGGACUGCCCAGUAUAGAGGCUAACGCAAAGAAAGGCAAAGCAGCCUCUAGUAGGGAUAAGAGCACCUUGAAGGAGUUCCUUCUAUCACCAUAUCUGUGGUUAUUGUCAUUCAGCUACUUGGUAGUGUUUGGAGUGAAGACUGCUUGCACAGACUGGGGGCAGCUCUUCCUCAUCCAGGAAAAGGGCCAGUCAGCAUUGAUGGGCAGUUCUUACAUGAGUGCCUUGGAGAUUGGAGGGCUGGUGGGCAGUUUAGCUGCUGGAUAUCUGUCAGACAGGGCUGUAGCACGGCAAGGACUGCGUGCAUACGGUAACCCACGGCAUGGUCUCCUGCUGUCCAUGAUGGCAGGAAUAUACGUCUCCAUGUAUCUGUUCCGAACCACUGUCACUCCGGAAAGCUCAAAUGUUUGGAUUCUCUCUCUGGGUGCUGUUUUUGGCUUCUCUUCUUAUGGACCAAUCGCUCUGUUUGGAGUCAUUGCUAAUGAGAGCGCCCCUUCCAACUACUGUGGAACAUCACAUGCUAUUGUAGCCUUGAUGGCAAAUGUUGGAGGUUUUCUCUCUGGGUUGCCAUUCAGCACUAUCGCAAAACACUAUGGCUGGGACACAGCAUUCUGGGUCGCAGAGGUAAUCUGCGCUGUCACUACAGUUAGCUUCUUCCUUCUCCGUAACAUCCAGACCAAGAUGGGACGUGCUAUAAAGAAGCUUGAUUGAUCUUCGAUGAUACUGGAGCUUCUUUUGGUUCUAAAACUGGUAACAAAAUGGUGUUUCCAACACUUACGAUUUCUUUAAACCUGAUCGUUGCCAGUAUGUUCAGUGUAAAAUGAAAAGGCAGGAUUUUAUUGUACAUGUGAAGGAAUUUGAUGUGAUGUUUUGUUAAAGUGUAAUCAUUGGUUUAGGUUAGUAUUGUAAAAUGAAAAAGUGUGUCAUCUGAGGAAGUGAAGUUACUCUGAAUAUUCCUAAAUUGGUUAUGGAGUAGCCUUGAAACACUAUGAAGAUUAUGUUUAGGGUGCUUUUGCUUUGGGAUAACUUGUUCUCAUUUGAGGCAUCUGAAAGGAACAAAUGUUUAGGAAUAAAUAAAUUUAAACACCAUGUCAAAGUUUAUCUACACACAGUUAGCUUUAAUAGUUACAAAUUGUGGGUUUACAAAACAAAAAACAUUCCUUUGAACAGAUUUUAUGGAUGCGUAAUUGGUGUGAGGUAUAAUUUGUAUUUAAUCCUCCAAAUCACUUUUCUACUUUGAACCCAUAGUGGAUAGUAUUGCAGAUGUAAUUAUAAAAUCAGUAUUUUGAUAAUGAACAAACACCAUAGUAUUUUAAAGUAGUAACAAUUCGAUAUUUAAUCAUUCCAAGCGGCGAGUCACAACCACUUCCAGCAUGUCAUGACUAACAUGUCAUUUAGAUAAGCGAGAUAGAGGAUUUACAACUCCACCUGAAAUUGAGGCAACUCAACAUGGUUCUACCUCUUUAUUGUUACUCUAACAUUGUAUGUGGUGUUAUGGAAAUAAAAGUUGUUCAAUAAUAUAAUGAAAACAUUUAUAUUAAAUAAAGAUGUUAACAAACAUCA